CACGGCUCAACAAGGGGACGGAAAAGGGCUGCUUUUUAAGAGGGAGCCGAAGAAGAGCCCUCUCGAAGCAACAACUCCCUUCCUCAUCUCUUGGCUUCUCACUCUCGUCGGCGAUCCUUGUAGGAAGUUCCGUCGCGAAUUUGAGAGAGCAGAGGAGAGAGGCAAAUCCAGAACCCUCAUCGAAGCCCUAGUCCUCGAUAGGGUAGAUAGAGAGAGAUAAAUAGGAUGGACGCCAUCAGGAAGCAACUCGACGUGCUCAUGGGCGCUAACCGCAACGGGGACGUGACGGAGGUGAGCCGCAAGUACUACGACCGCGACGUCUGCCGCCUCUUCUUGGCCGGCCUCUGCCCCCAUGACCUCUUCCAGCUCACGAAAAUGGAUAUGGGUCCCUGCCCAAAGAUUCACUCUUUGCAGCUCAGGAAGGAAUAUGAAGAAGCAAAAGCAAAAGGCGAUCAUAAUUUUGAUCGAGAACUUGAAGAUAUGAUUGAAAGACUCAUUGUUGAAUGCGAAAGGAAAAUUCAAAGAGCUCUCAAGCGUCUUGAGGAGGAGGAUGCUAAGGCUGCUAUAGCAAUAUCUGUAUCCAAUGUUACUCAGACACCUGAAGUCAUGGAAUUGUCAAGACAUAUAAAGGAGAAAUUGAAAGAAGCUGAUGCUUUUGAUUUUGAAGGAAAAGCUGAUAGUAAAAUACGGGUUCUAGAAGUGGUGGAGGAGCUCAAAGCCCAGAGAGCUGACAAACAGGCAAUUCUUCUACUUGAUGCUUUUAACAAAGAUAGGGCUUCUUUGCCGCAGCCAAAUCAAAAUCCUCCUCAAUUAGCAACUCUGUCUGUUCUCAAUCCUCCAGAUCCUCGUACACAAGAAAUGAUCAAUGAAAAACUUAAGAAGGCAGAAGAUCUUGGUGAGAGGGGAAUGAUAGAUGAGGCCCAGAAAGCUCUAGAAGAGGCAGAGGCUCUGAAAAAGCUGGGUGGACGGCAAGAGCCUGUUAUAGAACCUUCAAAGUAUAGUGCUGUUGAUGUUCGAAUAACCGAUCAGAAGUUGCGUGUAUGCGAUAUUUGUGGAGCAUUCUUGAGUGUCUAUGACAAUGAUCGUCGCCUGGCUGAUCAUUUUGGAGGGAAACUUCAUCUGGGAUAUAUGCAAAUCCGUGAGAAACUAGCAGAACUCCAGCACACUGUGAACUGGGAGGGAUCCUUUGAAGUACCAAAGGUGGCCAUAUAUGGACUCAGAGAAUCAGUUCUAUUCCUUACCUGGACAACUGCAAUAAAUGAAAGUCUGUAAGCAGAUGAGCUGUAUGUGAUGCAUAUUAAAAUUGGUAGCAAAAUGUUCUGUUUGUUCCACUUUAAAGAAAUUGCUUAUUUUUUCAUGACCCUGGCUUUUAUUUUGUGAUUUGGGGUCUGAUUUGAAAGCAGAAGCUUCUUAACACCUGUUAGGUAACUUAUGAGCCAUCUUAACUGUCACUGUCUGUCUGGUUUAAGUGUUUCUGAAGCACCUAUUUUGAUUGGUGGUGAACUUUUAGAAUUUACAGUUUUUAAUGAGCACCUGUUUUAAUUUUGACACUUCCUUCACCUUGUUAUGAAUAAUAAAUGAUUAUGUGAUACAAAGAAAUGCUUAUUCUCAAUGUUAUGUGUUUGCCCAAAUGCUGGCAUCUAGAUUUUUAAAUACAUUUCUUAGUAGAAAUUUGAAAGUCUCUUUUUGAAUGCAUUAGUUCAAUGACAAUUUUGAUUUCAAGCAAAAUCUGUCAUUGGCUUCAUUUUUCUGGUUGACAAUUGAUUUUAAGACUUCUGUAAUCUUUAUUCACCUUGUGUCUUGCUAUGAGGACUUUCUCAAGUAGGCUAUUAGUGUGUUCUUAAUUGGGUGAAUCUUCAUUUCUCUGAUAAAAUUUCAAAUGAUGUAUCACUGGGAACUAGUUAAAAUAAUCCUUUUACAUAUAUGGUUUUAUCGAUGCCUAAAGUGAUAUGCAUGUUUUAAACUUUUACAAUGUAUGUGGAGCAAAUUCAAGGGCAUUUUUUUGAAGAUUAUUUAUUUUGAAUUUCUUUGCUUCUGUUACUUUUGACCAUAUUGAAACAUCAUGAUUUUGUUGAGAUUAAUUGGAUAUGGUCCACUUGUUUUUUCUUAAAACGUCAAUGUCUUCACAAUUUAGUUUUCCAGGAAGAGAGGGACAAGAAACGAAAGAUUGAUCGAUCUGAAGAUGAUAGAAGGUA